GAAGCGGCGGUCUGCCUUAACCUGUGGCGGUUCCGGAUCCCGAAGUUUUAGUCGUGGUGGAGGCAACAGUCAAGGAGCUGGCCAGGCAGGUUGUAAUGACGGCGCAGAGUCCUGCAGCCUUCAGGCCCAACAAGCCUUAGGGACCGGGCUACCGUGCGGGGAGAACCGUGGCGGCGUCUUUCUGUCCCCUGGGGAUCCAAGCACCUGGGUAGAGGAUUCUUACUACAGAAAGCGCACCCGCGACUCUAUUUUGAAUAUGUCGUUUGUCAGAGUGAACCGUUACAGUCCCCGGGGUGGAGGAAGGAAAGCACUGAAAAUAAAGAAGAAGAAAUCGUCAGUGAAGCAAGAAUGGGAUAAUACUGUGAAUGAUCUAACAGUUCAUCGGGCAACUCCUGAAGAUCUGGUGUAUAUAGAACCAACUUGUGUUGUAACUCUUAUUUUUGUGCUGAGAAAGGCUCUUAAUGAAGUAGAGGAUGGGGAAGAAGAAGAAACUAUUAAUAGCCUAUCAGAAGCAAGUGAGAAUGAAUUGGAUAACUCUCUAAACUCUCAGUCUCACACGAAUACAGACAGGUAUGUACAUAUGUCAUCAUUGAGGAGGACUGUUCAAACUCGCCCUGCUCCACGAAUUCCUCCAACCGUGGAAAUAAUUGAGAAGGAGCAAAACUGGGAAAAGAAGACCCUACCUACUGGCACACACAUUCAGAAUUCAAGUGAAGAGAAUCAUCUCUUCACUCAGAGGUGGAGGGUCUCUCACAUGGGAGAAGAUUCGGAGAACAAAACCCAGGCCCCUUUUGUUAGCCUGUCACAGCCCCUGUGCAAUCCCCACUCAAACACUCAGCCAGCGAGAAACCCUGCACUCUCAGAUGAGCCCUCAGUACUGGGAGAUGGGCAGCAGCUUAGAGCAAAUGAGGUGUUAAUGCAAAGAAAGGACAUCAUGGCACGGAUUGCUGAGCUGACACUGCAGAAUUCAGCUAUCAAGGCACAUCUGAAUAAUAUUAUUGGGCCAUGGGGUGAGCAAGGGGAUGGACUUCGGGAGUUAAACCAACAGGAGACAAGUCAUACUGGUGACAUGACUGCUACUUUUCCAGCAUCACAACCUCUAACACCAAGCAGCAUGGAGGAACGGAUUGCAGAAUUGAACCGGCAGAGUAUGGAGGCUCGUGGAAAACUCUUGCAGUUAAUAGAGCAGCAGAAACUUGUUGGCUUGAAUCCUUCGUCUCCACCAGUGUCACCUAUUCAGUCACCUCUCAGAGCUUGGACUGGCUGGUCACAGAUUCAUGAUUUGAAAGUUUUUAAACUUUUACCCAUUCCGGUUAAUAAUGAUAGGUUACUCUCUCACUCUCUUUUGUUUUUCACAAAUAGAUCUUCGGGGGCUACUAGUAAUUCUUGUUCUCCAUUAAAUGCCACCUCAGGAAGUGGGCAAUUCACACCUGUUAAUCCAAGAGCAAAGAUUGAGAAACAAAAUGAAGAAGGCUGGUUUGCUCUUUCCUCCCAUGUGUCAUAAGUGAAGUCAAGUUUACAGUUUGUUCUCAGUAACAUGUUCUUGAGCUUCCACUUCCCUUCCCCUGUUCUUCCUCUCAAGUUGUUAGUGUCCUUCUUUCAGAUAAAACCUGCAAAGAGUGACUUAGUACUAAAAGAACGGAAAAGUAAAGCAAUUAUUUUAUUUUUGAACUUUUCAAAUAGAUUUCAGAUAAACAACCUACAACCUCUUGUGAAUAAAAUUUUGAUUAUAGGGACAUUAAAGUUUUAGAAUCUAAUAAUUUUAUAAGUAUUUUAAGGCUUUUUUGAGUAAUGCAUUAUUACCUUUAUCAUCUUUACUUAGAUUAUUUUUUGUCUACUGUAUCUUAAAUGUUGAUCUAUUUUAUUUUUUUCUGAAGAACUAAGUUGCUUUGCAUAUGGCUUAACAAUAAAAUAAUACCUCUGUGUGAUUAAAGUCUGGCUUUCAGAAAAAUUUAACACCCCCUUUAGUUUCUUACUUUGGGGCAAGUCAUUAUAGUCCAUGACUUUUUCCAUCAAAUGGAAUGGAAUGUCCAGCUUUAAAAAGUAGGCGUGGGAGUAUUUGUUUAUAUUUGCUUCAGCACGUAAGAGUGGUUGUAUAUAUUGUAAAAUUCUUACAUAGUCUUUAAAUGUGAAAAUGUCAACAAUAAUGGUACUGUACAACGAAUAAAGAAUGAUCAUAGAGCUCAAAUGUCUAAAUUCAGUAACACUGAUUUAUUGGUUUCUUUUGUGUUUGAAACAGAAUUGAGUAACAAAAGUUGCUAUCAAUUUUCCCAGCCCUGAAUCCAUACCAAGAGUUCAGGGUAGGUCUUUCUUCAAGGCACGUGUUUGGCUCUCAGACAUUCGUUUCUAUUUUGAACUUGCUUUUUAAAUUACCUCUGCCCCUUGGCUCUGUGAUAGGAUUCUCAUCCUAAAGGAGGUUGGAGAGGAGUGGGGGAAACACAUUGAAGCUAUGUACGUGGGGAACUUCGCCUGACAACACCUUCCCUCCUCUUGCAGUUCUAGGUCACUGCUCUGGGAAGUGUCCUAUGCAGCUUUCAUUUGGGCCUCUUCAUUGUUGUGGUAGCAAAAAUAAUAUUAGUUUCUUCUGGUAUCACUGAUUUUAUUCACGUGAAGUCAUCUGUAUUUAUAUGCAUUAUUGCAGAUUCUUUCAUUUGUGUUGCACUUUUUGAAACUCGGUGUUUAAUAAAUACUAUCCUUGUU